UAAUCUUCCGGGGGUUGCAGGUGGUCAAGGAGAAACGAGUUCUCCUCCGAGAAGUCUCGGGCGUUGUUAAACCCGGCGAACUUUUGGCCGUCAUGGGCCCUUCAGGUUGCGGCAAAACGACGUUACUGAACUGCCUGUCCGGUCGCGUAGGCCUGGACGGGGGUGAGAUCUGGCUGAAUCGUGAAAGGCUGACAAAACGAUGGCGCAGAAGAAUCUGCUACGUGCAACAGCAGGAUGUUUUCUUUCCCGAUCUCACGUUGCGGCAGACCCUCGAGUACCAGGCGAGGCUCAGGCUUCCGGACACGUUCUCGCACUCCCAGAAGAUGCAGUGCGUGGAUCAUAUCAUCGAGGUCCUCGACCUCGCGGCCUGCCAAGAUACCAUUAUCGGGGAUUACACGAAACGAGGACUGUCCGGCGGUGAGAAGAAGAGGACAAGCAUAGCCUGCGAGCUGCUCACCAAUCCGUCGCUGAUGUUGCUCGACGAACCAACGAGCGGGCUGGACUCGCAUUCGGCACAAGCGCUGAUUUCACGACUGAAGAAAUACGCGGAACAAGAGGGCAAGAGCAUCGUGGUGACAGUGCACCAGCCCAGUUCCAGGAUGUUCCACAGUUUCAGCAAGAUCCUGCUGUUGAGUCACGGCCAAGUGGCGUAUUAUGGACCCACAGCGAACAUCGGCAGGUUUUUCUCCACGAUAGGACUUACGCUGCUGCCGCACUAUAACCCCGCUGAUUUUAUACUGGAGCAAAUAAAGGGGCCAGAUGAGGUUCGGGAGCGUAUCGUGGCCGCGGCGAGGAACGCGAGACAGGGACCUGACUGCCCGCCGGAACUUCGUCCGGAGUAUAAUCCCAGCCAGCAUCCGCUCUGCGACCAUCUGAUCCAUUAUCACGAGCACCACAUCAGCCACAACGUGAAGGAAGACGAAGGUCGUACGCUGUGGUUGGACACACAAAGCCAUGCCAGCAGCAGUGCCAGUUCUGCGGACGACGACUACGCCUGGCAGUGGCCCACCAGUUUCUGGUCGCAAUUCAAAGUAUUAUCAGAAAGAAACUUUCAAGAGGCACGGCCACGAAUGCUGUCUCGUCUGAAUUGGCUGCAAACGAUAGCCCUCGGCUUGCUCGCUGGACUGCUGUGGCUAAGGCUUCCCAGAACCGAAGCGGCACUUCACGACAUCCAAGGCUGGAUGUUCUUCAGCACCACGUACUGGAUGCUGUUCGCGCACUUUAGUGCACUCUCCAGCUUUCCUCCAGAACGCGAGGUUAUCAACAAGGAGCGGCUGUCAGGAUCGUACAGGCUCUCGGCCUAUUACCUGGCGAAAAUGAUCGGCGAGCUGCCGCUUACGAUUACACUGCCCGCGGUCUACCAUAUCAUUAGUUACCCGAUGUUGGGCUUCCACAGUCCGGCUGUUUUCGUCACCCUGCUGGCGUUCCUCUUACUCAACACCGUCGUCGCCCAGAGUGUGGGAUUCUUCGUUGGCGCGUGCUGUUUAGAUCUCCAGGUCAGCAUAACAGCGUCCGCGCUUUACACGCUCGCGACACAACUUCUCGGUGGUUAUUUGGCGACGGCGGUUCCACCGUGGCUCGCGUGGGCCAGGUACGCGAGCAUGGUGCACUACGCCUAUCAGAACAUGCAAAUCCUGGAAUUCGGCGUCGGCGAGCCAAUCACAUGCUCGCAGCCAAGCAAGUUCUCAGAGUGCAGGAACGCGACGACGAUACCGGUGUCUGCGAUACUGGAGAGCCAGGGUGGCGCCAGGGGUUCCGGUCUUCCAUUAUGGGCGAACACGGCCGUCCUCCUGGCGUUCCUCGUCAUAUUCCGCACCCUGGGCUACCUGGUGUUGCGCUACUAUCGCGUGCCCAAGUGA